GAAUGUUAGCGACCAACAAUCGGAACAACUGAGCACUCGGUAAUUGGACACUGGGACCGAGGAAUACCGCCGACCACCCCCCAUCUAUUCCUCCACUUUGAGGCUGCUGCUCGCCUCCCUCUCCUCGGCUGGAUAACUUCGCUCCUCUCCUCCGAUGAGGUUUUUAUGUUUAUUUGUGAGGGAAUGAGCGGAGGUAAGAAAUAAGCAGAGAAAUGCAGGGAUUUGUCAGGUUACAGUUGGAUCGCUGAAACGCCUCCCGGUGUUUUGAUUCUUCCUAACCGGGAAACAUGGAGCGAUAGAGGGACUGCAUCCAGGUGGAGAGGCGAUCACAUCCAGCCCGGGCUUUACCUCCACGUCUGGGAGAGCCUCAGGGACCCCAGCGGCUGUUUCCCCCCGUGGAGCUCCAGCCUCUGAAUCCAGCCUGGAUGAGGGGAAGGAGCCGCGGCUCAGAGGCUCCGGGCAGGUCUUUGUAGGUGCGUUGCUGGAUGUGGUAAAAACUCCACAAAAGCGGUUUAAAAUCGCCCACAUGCACUGGAUCAAUCCCCGGAUCUCGGAGCACUACACACAGACGGGGGGUUGGGGAUGGAGCGAUGCAGCCGGGGCUGGUGAGAGCCUAACUUGGGGCCACUUUAGCUUUGUUAUUCCUGAGCAAGUCGCCUCUGUUCCCGGGACACAUGCAGGCCAAAAAACGCUACCUGAUCCUGCUGUCCGCCGGAGCCUGCCUGGCGCUGCUCUUCUACCUCGGAGGCGUUGAGCUUCCAGCGGCCAGGAGGAGCCGGCAGGACCGCAGCAGGAACGGGCACAGACCCGAGCAGCCGUGGCCCCACUACUCGGACCCUUUACACAGCUUCCUACCGUGGGAUCAGACGGACACCGAGGAUUACAACCUGCACAUAUCUCCGAAGCAGAAACGGGAGGUGAACAGGAGCGUUUACAGAGGCAGGAGGUGCCGCAUGGAUUCCUGCUUUGACUUCUCUCUGUGUGAGAAGAACGGAUUCAAAGUUUAUGUUUACCCCCAGCAGAAGGGGGAGAAGAUCUCUGAGAGCUACCAGAACAUCCUGUCCACCAUCGAGGACUCCAGGUUCUACACCUCAGACCCGGCCCAGGCGUGUCUGUUCGUCCUGAGUUUGGACACUCUGGAUCGGGACCAGCUGUCCCCGCAAUAUGUCCACAACCUAAAGACAAAGAUCCAGAGCCUGCCUUUGUGGAACGACGGCAGGAACCAUCUGAUAUUCAACCUGUACUCCGGCACCUGGCCGGACUACACGGAGGAUCUGGGCUUUGACAUCGGCCAGGCCAUGCUGGCCAAAGCCAGCAUCGGCUCGGAUAACUUCAGGCCCAACUUUGACGUGUCCAUCCCGCUCUUCUCCAAAGAGCACCCUCGGACUGGAGGAGAGAGGGGCUUCCUGAAGUACAACUCUAUCCCGCCUUUCAGAAAGUACAUGCUGGUGUUUAAGGGGAAGCGCUACCUGACCGGGAUCGGCUCGGACACUCGGAAUGCCUUAUACCACGUCCACAACGGGGAGGACGUGGUGCUGCUCACCACCUGCAAGCACGGGAAGGACUGGCAGAAGCACAAGGACGCGCGGUGCGACAAGGACAACGCAGAAUAUGACAG